CCCAAAAAAAAAAAAGUUGUAUAGUCGUGGAAAAGGUUAUAAGGUAGAACCUAGAGGGAGUUCUACUGGUGCAUGCAUUGUCUGUGCACCUUGUCUAUUCUUUUGGAGUUGCUUCUGUGAGUAAAUACUGACCAUGAACAGAGCAAUGCUGUCCAGGAAUGUUUUGUUGAAAAAAAGACCCCCAAUCCUCUAUGUAUAUGUAUCUCAAAUCAUCUCCUGCAAUUUUAAAUAUGUGAACUUUUGGUUAAUUUCAUCUUGAAACAUAGACUAUUGAGUCGAUGCAAAAUUUAUCUGCUAGGAUAUACAUUUGCACAUGAAAUUGCAUUUGAAAAACAAAGGAUCGAGGAUAAUAGAAGUAUAAAAUGAUGAUUUCAAAGAUGAAAACAAAUGGGCAUAAUUACAGUGCAUUAUUACAGGCGUUGUGAGGAAAACAAAUGGGCAUAAUUACAGUGCAUGAUUACUGGGAUUAAAUCUUUGAUCCAUAGCGCCCAUUAUGUACUCGAAUCCUUUCCUUACUCAGGAACGCUUUUAUUUGUUGACCCAUGAAUCCAUGAUGCUCGCUUUCCUUGACAUAGAAGCUGGGUAAUAUGUAUUGAAGUUGUGGGACCUGUCGUUUGCAUGAUAUUAAGGCCUGGUGAACCAGGACUGAGCACGGGGACUACUGGAAGGAAAGGCAGGACAAGACCUUUUGCAGCAGACUUCAGUCCAAGCUUCAAAGAAUUCUUCUGAGACCCUUCCAACUCUCAAAGAGAACUUCAAAGCGCGGGAGGAAAGAUGAUGGGUGCCCUUCCCUAUAAAACCACUUUCCAAUUGCAGGCUUACCAGUAAAUAAGAACCACUUCUGCCAGUGAGGAAACUGCAAUUAUGAGAAAAAAAAAAAAGCUCAUUGAUAAAAUAAAGACUGCAGGGAUAGCUAGCAACAAGGCCCCAAUGAUGAUUCCCCCCAUUGUACCACCUGCAAAUAAGAGUAAAAUUUCUAUUUGUUGCCUUUUAUGACAAAUGCUGAAGACUCAGAGAUACAAGGUAGCAUCAGAAUUAGAAGAAAGAGCUCAAACCUGGGUACUGAAAGUAUCCCAUGGGCCAUGAGCUUGGUGUUCCUGUCCUCCAUAUUUGGGGAAAUUAGUAUCAGAAAAUGGAUUAUAACUAAAAACUACCUCCUCCCACACCAAGCCAGAAUAAGUUCAUUUCCAUAUCUUGCCACCUGUCAGAAAACAACCUCAGCAAAGCAAGAUAUGCUGACAAAGACUUUAACUCCUUUUUGUAUGUUACAGAUGCCAGAGUUCAAACUCUAAACAUGAAGGUAAUUGCAGAGCUACCCUUUAGAAUACUCCAUGGAAGCUUUUGACGAGGCAUAAGCUUUCAAAGAACUAGCAUGUCAUAAAAUAGAAAGAGAAAAUCCUGCACAUCUCCCUUGUGCAAUUUUUAGACUGGAUAGACAAGGGCAAUCUAACUCAUUAACAACAAAUAACUAUUUAAGGCAGCAGAAACAUGUGUGUUUUCAUACUAUAUAUGUUUCACUUCAAGAAGGUUUAGAUGCCAAAUUUAGAAGAUUUCCUGAAAUAUCAUCCUGCAGGAAUGGUAACUAUAUUUUGCUAAAAAAGGUAAGUAGCACGAUCACAUAUUCACAUCAUUCAACUAACAUAUCAAAAGUAACCCUAGUUUUUACAGGUCGAUCGAUUGAAACGUUAUUUGCUUUCCAUCAAUCAGAGCACUUGAGAGUAUCGCUCCCGUUCCAUGCGUGCCACAUCCCUCAAAAUCCCUCCAGGAUCUUACUCUCUAACCAAGCAACUCAGAAAGAAACCCGAUGUUGAUGGCCAGCGAGUUGCCUGAAGACUUGGCGACAUAGAUUCUGCUACGGCUUCCCGUCGAUUCUCUAUUGCGAUUCAAGUGCGUCUGCAAAUCCUGUAUUUUCUUGUCAUGUUUUGGUGAGUAAUGAAAGCGUACCAGGAUUUGCAGACGGACUUGAAUCGCGAUUGAGAAUGCGAACUACUUCGACCUGAAGAUUGAUUCGAAACUGAAAACAAGAUGGAACUUUUGUGGAGUUUUUUUGGUAUAGAAUGGUAAAGAAAGAGAUGAAGAGAGAAAAUAGAAUGAAGCAUACAAAACCUAACUAGGUUUUCAGCUGGUCGAUUAGCAUGAAUGCAAAGAAUGUGUAUUUAAAGGUAUUUUAUUCACAUGGGCUAAGUCUCGGCCCAGGAUCUCAUUCAGCCCACUUAAUGAGUCAGCAUCCUAUGUCACAUGCCACCUGGGAUCUACCACAGCCCUAGCUCGUUUCCAAGGGACAAAACACACGCAUGCCAUGUUCUAUUCUCAUCUGCCGUCUGUAUUGUGCCAUUUCCCAUCACAACCGUCUAUUGUUGCCACGCGUAUAACAACUUUCCUAACACACAACUGAUUACCUAUGCCACAUCACUGCUCAGUCUCUUUCUUCUUCGUUUUCUCACCCUCCUACCUCCAUCACCGGUUUACAGUUUCAAAUUUGAAUACGAUAAUAUCAGGCGGAUAAGGUCUCAGAGAUGGUUACAUCUAGCCGUCCAAAUGUCUGCUUGUUUCCUAGUAAUCUAGUGGAAGUUCAAAAAAUAGCGCGAUCAGAAAUUCCCGCCACCAAUGCAAAGCUUCCCUCUCAAGCUUCGCUAAAUUACGCUUGCCAUAAACGCUGGAGAAACUUCCUAAUUUGACCAAAUACACUUUUUCCAAAUGUAAUUAUAAUAAGCACAUCCAAAUUUGGCUCUUUAAUCCCCAAGCUACCCCUUCCCAACGGUUCAUUCUAUCACACAAUCUCCAAAACACCCUCCCCACCAGUUCAUUCUCGCGCAAGCUUCUCAAAAUAUUUCAAAUUCCCCGCUCUCCCUCGAUUCCAAAUCUCCAUUCCCCUAUAUAAACCAACCCAUUUCCUCCAAAUCCUCUGCAAGCAAAACCAGAAUUCAAAACCCUAAUCCUCAAUUCCUCGCUAUACAAUCCCAAAAACCAAAGAAAAUGCCGGCCUAUCCCGAAGAGCCAUUGCUCGCUCCGAACCCGGACCGGUUCUGCAUGUUCCCGAUCCAGUACCCGGAGAUCUGGGAAAUGUACAAGAAAGCCGAGGCCUCCUUCUGGACCGCGGAGGAGGUCGAUCUCUCUCAGGACCUCCGCCACUGGGAUAAUCUAACCCGCGACGAGCGCCACUUCAUCACCCACGUGCUCGCCUUCUUCGCCGCCUCCGAUGGCAUCGUUUUGGAGAACCUCGCCGGUCGCUUCAUGAAGGAGGUCCAGGUCUCCGAAGCACGCGCCUUCUAUGGCUUCCAGAUCGCAAUUGAGAACAUCCACUCCGAGAUGUACAGCCUCUUGCUCGAGACCUACAUCAAGGAUUCGGUCGAGAAGAACCGCCUGUUCCACGCGAUCGAGACCGUCCCUUGCGUGGCCAAGAAGGCCCAGUGGGCCCUCCGCUGGAUCGACGGCUCCGAGACGUUUGCGGAGCGGAUCAUUGCCUUCGCGUGCGUCGAGGGGAUAUUCUUCUCGGGGAGUUUUUGCUCCAUAUUUUGGCUCAAAAAGCGCGGGUUAAUGCCGGGCUUGACGUUCUCCAACGAGCUGAUCUCGCGAGACGAGGGUCUCCACUGCGACUUCGCCUGCCUACUCUACUCGCUUCUGAGGAAGAAGCUGAGCGAGGAGCGCGUGAAGGGGAUCGUGCGCGAAGCGGUCGAAAUCGAGAGGGAGUUCGUGUGUGACGCGCUGCCGUGCGCGUUGGUGGGGAUGAACGAGGAUCUUAUGAGCCAGUACAUCGAGUUUGUCGCUGAUAGGCUCUUGGGCGCGCUAGGGUACGGGAAGGUGUACAAUGCUCAAAACCCGUUUGACUGGAUGGAGCUGAUCUCGUUGCAGGGAAAGACUAACUUCUUUGAGAAGAGGGUCGGCGAGUACCAAAAGGCCUCCGUCAUGUCCAGCAUUAACGGCAAUGGGGGCACCCACGUGUUCAAGUUGGAUGAGGAUUUCUGAAUUGUAAUGAUAUUCAUGAUUCGCAUAAUUAGUGCUAUAUUGUGCCUUUUUCUUUUUAUUUUUUCUACAAUUUCUUUGCUUCUGUAAUUUUUCCA